GUUGGGUUUCUUGUGGAAGGCUUCUUGUAUUGCAGGCUGCGGAAGGAGGCUGCACGAGGCUGCGCGCAGCAGGGCGUUGGUGCAAGUGUGGAAGACUUGACGCAGGAGCUUGCGCACUGGCGUGGGCUCAGUGCGAGCGAUGGGGCAAAUACAGAGCCUGUGUCUGUCGAGCUCCCGUGUGCACGUCGACCCUUGCUCCCGAAUGGCACUCUGACCAGCUGUUAGCUCCCUCUUUGGGGGGCAGCCGAUUUUCCAAAGGUCUGCGCAGGGUUUCCUCAACUUUGCGUUCUUCGAGGUCGUGCCGUUGUGGACCAUCUCGUCCGAGCCCCUCGGAGGGUUUGCCAUGUCAGGGAUCGAGCUGGGCAACAUUCUGGCAUUAUCGUCGGUCUUGUCCGCGGGCCGUGCUGUUCUUCAUGAGCCCCAUCGUCAAGCUCUUUGGCCUCUGGCGAUGCCUGGUGGCCGGCCACCUCUGCCUGGCCCUCUGCUUCAGCGCUCUCCCGCUCUGUCCGAAUCCGGCUUCUCUCGUCCUCCUCCAUAGCUUCACCAACGGCAUGUAUGGACUGGUCGGUGCCUCACUGGUUGCGGCCCUGAACAACGCGGCCCCCUGCGACAGGAGGGCCACGGUCAAUGGCGUGGUCGUGACGUUCGAGUCUAUUGGGAAAGGCCUUGGCCCAGCGCUGACCUCCGUCGCCUUCGCCGAGGCGCUCUCCAGGUGGGGCUGGGCGGGUCACUACAUCGUUUUCUACAGCAUCGGGGGCGCCCAUGCCUUUCUCUCCCUGGGUGCCUUCUUCAUGCCCGGGAACAUCGAAGGCGCCGCAGGCGCGGCCGAGAAGCUCCGCCGCUCCCCGGUCGUCGGCUCGGGCUCGCCGGGGCAGCGGGAAGCGGACGCGCAAGGCGCGCUGGGCGCCGCCGCUGCCAGCGCCGCCAGCGAUGGGCGAGGCCCUCGACGGGAGCCAGGGCCAGCCGCGCAGGCGACGGCCGGCGGGGCCGGCAAGGACCAGCCGGACGAGGCGCCGCACCCCCAGGGCCUUGCCGCCGAGCGCGCCGCCCCGCGGGCCGCCACGGUGGAGCGCGAGCCCCUGGCCGCUGCGCCCGGCGGCGGCGGCGCGGCGGCGAGCGCCCCUUCGGAGGAGGC